AUGUCUGAUUUUGAUGAAGAUUUCGAUGAGCUUGAGGAGAUUGAAGUGGAGGAUAGUUCAGUGCCUCCUCUGCUAGAUUUGCCUACUAAUGACUCAGUGAUGGUAGAUGUCCAGAUUGAGACGAAGGACCAAGACGAAAAGCCUAAAGGUCAAGGCCGUCGCGCUAAAGUAAAAAAAUCUCCUAAGCGGCGCAGGGUAACUCGUAAUAGGUCAGUUGUCUGGGCUCAUUUCUCGAAAUCUACACUGCCUAAUGGUGAAGUAUGGGCUACGUGUAGUUAUUGUAAGACUGCCUAUAUGGCUGAUCCUAAGAAACAUGGCACAAGUAGUCUUCAUAGCCAUUUGGGGUCUUGUAAAGUGUAUUUAAGUCAAAAGCGUGAUUCUGGUCAGUCUAAGCUAGUUGUUGAGUCUGGGGUGGGAAAACAGGGAAAUAUAGGGGCCGGUGCAUCAACAACAACCGGUGUUACCGGUGCAGCAUCAGCAAGUUCUAUUGCAGGCACAACCACAGCAGGUUUUGUCGUUGCAACAUCAACAAAUUUCGUCGCAAGCGCAUCCGCAGCAGGUUCAAGUGCAGAUGCAGGCACUGCAGCAGCAGUUUUUGUCGCUGAAACAUCAGCAAGUGCAGAUGCAGGCGGUGCAGCAGCAGCUUUUGUCACUGUAACAUCUGCAAGUUUAGAUACAGGUGCUGCGACAACAGGUUCUGUCGCCACAAUGUCAGCAAGUUCUGCCGUCGACACAUCAACAACAAUUGCUGUCGGUGCAACAUCAACAAGUAGAAUCAUCGGCGCAGCAACAUCAGGGAAAUCUUAUGAGUCUUCUAGCAGCGACAAUGAUAUUGAGGAGAUUAUUUGUGAUAGCCUUGACAAUGUUUCACAUGCAACUGAUAAUUCUGUUUGUCAAAGUGUCGAUGAAAUUAAGGGUGAGCAGGAGCAAGGACAAGUGGCAACACCUGAUGCCAAUUUAUCUUUGACAGUUGAACCCGCACAACGCUUAGUUGCUGAUGUUCUAAAAGAAGCAGAAGCAGACCAACAGAAGUUUAAUCAUGCUUGGAUUUAUGACAAGAGAGGUUCUGCCAGCAGAAGAAGCAAGCGGAAUAAAGGGAAGCCAAUACCGCAUGGUUUUCACUUCGUAGAAAAGGUUGAUGAUGGUCAUCAAUUACGUGGCAUUGAUUUUGAAGGUGGCGAUAGUAAUUAUGCUUAUUUGGAUUAUGGUGCUGCUGUAAGAUGGAGGAUUGAUUUGGCUAAAGAUCGUGAGUUGCUGAAAUCAUUAAUUGGCCGAGAAAAGAAGCGUUCUUCAAGAGAUCAGUCAAAGAUGCUUACACCUUUUGUCAUGCGACCUAGCAGAAUCAACGCAUUUGAGACCAAGGUUGUCUAUGCUAAGUUUAGUAGUGAUUUGGCUAAGAUCAAUAAUGAUGUAACUAUCCAAUGUGUGGCCGACCAAGAGAAGAAGUCUGGUGUUGAAGUGUCGACAAUUGAUGAUGAGGCCGACGGCGCUCAAGAAAGUUCUGUUGCAAAUGCUAGUAACUUGUGGACGAUUAAGGAAGCAGUUGAAAGUAUAAGUUCCAUAUCAAGCUCUCAGGUUCAGAAUGAUAGUGGGCGCCAGAAUAGUAGCUCUCCUGUACAUAAUGGUCAGUUCCAACAAGCACAUAAGAAUCGCCGUUGCAAUAUUGGCAACCAUACUUGGCGUCAGCGCAGUUCAAGAAGUUCUGGCGCAGCAGGUUAUUUUUGA